AUGGAGAGAACUCGUUCACACUCUCGCGGUCGUGCUACCGACGCAGACAAGAAACGGUACGAGGACGAGCCAAUGACUCGCGAAAGCUCCGUCGGCGAAUGCGACCUCAUCUGCCCCCAGCCCACCAAGGCCCAACCUUGGAAGCAGGCUCUCCAAGUUGAGAAAGACUCUGGAACCAAUCCCCUUCUUAACUGGGAGCCUAACGCUAUGGACUUUGGUGAGAAGCCUUGGCUCAAGAUUGACUGGUCCAAGAUUGAAGGGACUGGACCUGGAGGAGUUCGUAGCAAGUCUCCUGAUCAGAUGUGUGGCUAUUCUGUUGGAAACCUCAAGCUUGUUUGA